GGCGGCCCGCCUUCUCCGCCAAAUCUUUAUUACUUGCGAUAUCCGUUCGUUUUACACCAGCUUGAAGACUUCAAGAUUACAUAUAUCUUUAUUUGCCCAAAAGUCAUUCCAAUAUUACAAAGACAUAUACUCGACAUCGAAACCAUGUAUAUCCGCGCCGCCCACGCCGAAGCAGACCUCCGCGUCCUUCGCCGUCUCAUCCACGAAAACCCCCUCGGAAUGCUCACAACCGGCAUAAAGUCCCAAACCCACUCCUUUCUCCAAAGCAGCCACAUCCCUUUUCUUCUAGACGUACAAGAUGAAUCCAGCGAAACAGAACUCGGUCGUCUGCGCGGCCACUUGGCCCGCCAAAACCCCCAAAGCAAAGCCAUGAUCGAACACUGCACCUCCAACCCCUCUCUAAAAAGCUAUCUCGAAGACGAAGUCCUAGUGAUCUUCACCAAGUCGACUCAUCAUUAUGUGACCCCCAAAUUCUACACCGAGACAAAACCAGCGAAUGGAAAGGUUGUGCCGACGUGGAAUUACGCAGCGGCGCAGGUUUAUGGAAAAGCGAGGAUUUACUAUGAGAACAAUGAAGAGACGUCUUCAUUUCUGGGAAAGGCGAUUAGUGAUCUUACGGAUCAUAAUGAGAGGAACACGAUGGGGUAUACGGGUGGCGAGAGACCAAGCCAGUGGAAGGUGUCUGAUGCGCCGGAGAAGUAUGUUGAGUUGUUGAAGAGGAACAUUAUUGGGAUUGAGAUCGAGGUUACCAAGCUGGAGGGCAAGUUCAAGAUGAGUCAGGAGAUGGGAGAGGGGGAUAGGGAGGGUGUUAUCAAGGGUUUUGAAGGGUUGGGGACGGAGGUUGGUGAUGAGAUUGCAAGGGUCGUUAAGGAGCGUGGGGAGCUGAAGGAUCAGAAGAAGUGAUCUCAAGAGAUAUUGACAUGCCCAUGGGCAUCUUGAAGGGUAGAUCGAAAACAUUAAUGCCCAACUUAGAUCUUCUUGUAGACUCGAGGAUGAAGCCAUGAUGAAUCCUUGGUGUCAAGGUUAGCACGUUAAGAGCCUAUCGCACGAUAUACAGGUCGUAGGUUGAACGACUGGGACAGAUUGACAUCCGAUAAGACUAAAAUCGAACAGAGAGA